GGCCUGUUCCCGCGCCCGCCCGCGCCGCUAGCCCUCCUUCCUCGCCGCGGAGCCAGCCCCGGCCUUUCGCGAAUAUGGCGCUUGUCCCCUGUCAGGUGCUGCGGGUGGCUAUUUUGCUGUCUUACUGCUCUAUCUUGUGCAACUACAAGGCCAUCGAAAUGCCCUCGCAUCAGACCUACGGAGGGAGCUGGAAAUUCCUGACGUUCAUUGAUCUGUAAUUGCGUGUGAACUCCUGGCUGCUACCGCAGCAUCACUUUCUGAACACCCAACAUUACCUGGUAGGUGGGAGACAAGCGGAGGUGGGGCGCAGCCAGGUUGUGGGCUCUUUGGAGGGGAACACAGACCUACUUCUAAGAGUUGAUGUAGGAAGACUGACAACCAGCAAAAGAAUGGAAGGCCUUGAUCAUGAGUGACUUCGGACCUGUGCACCCCAAGGUGCUUUCCAGGGCACCCACCGUGGGAUGAAGUUGUCACAACUGCAGGACACUGGGUAUUGUCCGGUACUUGUAGCUUCAGCGUGAAAGGACCAAAUGCCUCUGUAAGGGAGAGAAAGCACCCAAUAAAGUUGUCUUCUUUGCAUCUGUUUUUGCCCAUUGUCAGUAAUUUACUUCUGCCCUUUUCCACAGAAACUUUAGAGGAAACAGACUUUCAAAAUGCACUUACACAGUGACUAUGCACGCCUCCCAGUCUUCCCAUGUAAGAGUUAGCUUAAGCAGCUCCUCUGUUGACCCAACAUUACAGUCUUGACAACAGUAGGUUUUUUUUUAAGCUUACUUACUUUAGACACUGAAAGGGCCUCCAGAGUUAAUCAAAAAAGGCAUAAGGCCCAAUGACAACAUAGGGUGGAUGCUAGAACGUCAGGGUGAAAAGUGACUAAUUUAGACUGGGUCACACACACACUAAAGAUAAUCAAGUAUGGGCAGGGGCGUAAAACAAAAGCUAUUGGUUCUAAGGACUCAUGUAAAGUAGAAACAAGUCCUGGGAUGCCAGAACUGUCUGUCCAAGAUUAUACACAAGGCUGGCAUCACAAGCAAGAUAAUAAUCUCUAAUUGUUGACCCUCCGUUUUGAUGAUGAGAACCUGAUGCCUAUUUUAAGAUAUUUCCUAAGCUUUAAAUGUGUCAAAGAAACGCAGUCAGAAGCUUUUUGUUUAGAAAUACCACCUUAUAUUUGCAUCCUGCUAAGAGACUUUCAGCAAGGGAUUUAAAUUCUUUUCUCCAACGGUCUUCAAACUGCGUACCCCUAUGGUACACAAGACUUCCCAGGGCAUGGAACAUUUCAAGGGUAUCAAUUUUCGGAUCCUCAACUUCCAACUCUUUCUUGAAACUGAUCUGCUUCUGAACAUGCCUGAUGUCUGCCAGUUCUCAUUUCCUCCUCCCCAUUCAUCUAGGUGACAAGCACAUGGCAAGACUCUGCUGUAUUUAUCUAUCCCUUUUCGCCUUCAGAAGAUAACGUGGUUGCCACCGAGACUAUUUUGAUUGAAAAACGAAGUCAGAUUUGUUUUGACAGAAAGUAUUGUUGAAUUGAUUAGUGUCUCAGUGAGGUCUGGCUUUGUCAGUGAGGUUGUGUAGCAGACAUCUUCCACAGAUAGAAUGAACUAAUUCUGCAGCCCUGAGGCUCAGAUGAGUAUGCAAGUAUACAAUACCCAGAGUGCCAGAAGUGAUGUCCCUUUUCAAGUGUUUAAAUUUAGAUGUUCAAAUUUCAAUUGGUAUUCCUGCAAUUCCUGGAGCCUUGUUUUUCGCCAGUGUCUUCAGUGUGGCUUGGACUUCAUCCUUCAGUACCACUGGUUCUCAAUCAUAUGCUGUCCCCUUAAAAGGUGGAACGUCGACCAAUUCUUUUUUCAUACAGUGACUUUGCGUAUUCCUUCCAUCUUCUUUUGAUGCUUCCUGUGUCAUUCAAUGUUUUGCCCAUAGAAUCCUUCAAUAUUAUUUCUGCAGUCCUUUCAGCUUGAGAAAUGCCAAAGAGUGUUCCUCCCUUUUAGUUUUCUAACUCAGGUGUUUUUACAUUUCAUGGUAAUACUUUGUCUUCUCAAGUUGCCCUUUGAAAUCGUCUGUUUAGCUCUUUUAGGUCAUCAUUUCUUCCAUUUGCUUUAGCUAUUCUGUGUUCAAGAACAAGUUUCAGAAUCUCUUCUGACAUCCAUUUUGGUCUUUUCUUUUGUUUCCUGUCUUUUUAAUGAUCUUUUGCUUUCUUUAUAUACGAUAUCUUUGCUGUCAUCCCACAACUCCUCUGGUCUUCGUAAUUAGUCUUCAGUAUGUAAAAUCUGUUCUUAAUAUGGUCUGCAACUUCAGGUGGGAUAUAGUCAAGGUCAUAUUAUGGCUUUCAUUGACUUGUUUUAAUUUUCUUCAGUUUCAACUUGAACUUGCAUAUGAACAAUUGAUGGUCUUCUAUUUCACAGUUGUUCCCUGGCCUUGUUCUGACUGAUGAUGUUGAGAUUUUCCAUCGUCUCUUUCCACAGAUGUAGUUGACUUAAUUUCUGUGUAUUCCAUCUGGUGAGGUCCCUGUUUAAAGUCACCUUUUAUGUUGUUGAAAAAAAGGUAGUUGCAAUGAGUAAGUCAUUGUCUUGCAAAAUUCUGUCAUGUAAUAUCCAGCGUUGUUUCUAUCAUCAAGGCCAUAUUUUGCAACUACUGAUCCUUCUUCUUUGUUUCCAACAUUCCAAUCACCAAUAAUUAUCAAUACCCCUUGAUUUCAUAUUUGAUCAUUUCAGACUGCAGAAGUUGGUAAAAAUCUUCGAUUUUUUCAUCUUUGACAUUAGUUGUUGGAGUGUAAAUUUGAAUAAUAGUGAUAAAUAACUAGUCUUCCUAGUAGGAUUAUGGAUAUUAUCCUGUCACUGACACUGAUAGAUCUCGAAAUGUUCUUUUCGACAAUGUAUCGAGCCAUUCCUUUUCAAUUUGUCAUUCCUGGCACAGUAGAUCAUAUGAUAGUCAGAUUCAAAAUAGCCAAUACCAGUCCAUUGCAGCUUGCUAAUGCCUAGGGUACGGACCUUUAUGUGUUCCAUUUCAUUUUUGACAACUUCCAGUUUUCUUAGAUUCAUGCUUCCUACAUUCCAUGUUCUGAUUAUUAGUGCAUGUUAACAGCUGUUUAUUCUCAUUUCAAGUUGUGCCACAUUAGCAACUGGCAGUCUUGAAAGCUUUACUCCAUCUACAUCAUUAAGGUCAACUCUACUUUGAAGAGUCAGCUCUUCCUCAAUGGUAUUUUGAGUGCCUUCCAACCUAAGGGGCUCAUUUUCUGGCACUGUAUCAGACAGUGUUCCACUGCUAUUCAUAAGGUUUUCACUGGCCAGUUUAUUCAGAAGUAGACCGCCAGGUCCUUCUUCCUCGUCUAGUCUGUCUUUGUCUGGAAGCUCCCCGGAAACCUGCCCACAAUGGGUGACCUUGCUGAUGCUUGAAAUAGUGGUGGCAUAGCUUCCACCAUCACGGUAACACGCAAGCCACCACAGUAUGACAAACUGACAGACUCGACUAUGCCAAGAAAUUUGGAAGCCAGCUACCUGGCCAGCCAACUAGAAGAGAUCCAUAUUUGUGCCCACUUCAAAGAAAAGUGAUCCAAGAGAGUAAGGAAAUUAUCAAACAACAUCAUUAAUAUCACUUGCAAGUAAAAUCUUGCUGAAGGUAAUUAAAAAAUGGUUGCAGCAAUACAUCAAAAGAGUACUUCCAGAAAGUCAAGCCAGAUUCAGAAAAGGAUGGGGAAGGAGGGAUAUCACUGCUAAUGUCAGAUGGGUCAUGGCUGAAAGCAGAGAAUACUAGAAAGAUGUUUACCUGUGUUUUAUUGACCAUGCAAAGGCAUUCGACUGUGUGGAUCAUAACAAAUUAUGGAUAACAUUUCAAGGACUGGGAAUUCUGGCACACUUAAUUGUGCUCAUGAGGAACCUGUAUGUAGAGUAAGAGUCAUUUGGACAGAACAAGGGGAUACUUUGUGGCUUAAAAUCAGGAAAGGUGUGUGGCAGGGUCGUAUCCUUUCACCAUACUUAUUCAAUCUGUAUGCUCAGCAAAUAAUCCAAGAAGCUGGACUAUAUGAAGAAGAACAUGGCAACAGGAUUGGAGGAAGACUUAUUAACAACCUGCGAUAUACAGAUAACACAGCCUUGCUUACUGAAAGUGAAGAGGACUUGAAGCACUUACUGAUGAAGAUCAAAGACUACAGCCUUCAGUGUGGAUUACACCUCAACAUAAAGAAAACAAAAAUCCUCACAACUGGACCAAGAAGCAACAUCGUGAUAAAUGGAGAAAAUUUUGAAGUUGUCAAGGUUUCAUUUUACUUAGGUCCACAAUCAACGCCCACAGAAGCAGCAGUCAAAAAUCAAGUGACGUAUCGGGCAAAUCUGCUACAAAAGACCUCUUUAAAGUGUUAAAAAACAAAGAUAUCACUUUGAGGGCUAAGGUGUGCCUGACCCAAACAAUGAUAUUUUCAAUCUCCUCAUAUGCAUGCAAAAGCUGGACAAUGAAUAAGGAAGACGGAAGAAGAAUUGACACCUUUGAAUAACUGUGUUGGUGAAGAUUAUUAAAUAUACCAUGGAUUGCUCUUUUUACCUGCCAGAAGAAUGAACAAGUCUGUGUUCCAGAGUGCUCCUUCAAAGUGAGUAUGGUGAGACUUCAUCUCAUGUACUUUGGACAUGUUAUCAGGAGGGAUCAGUCCUUGGAGAAGGAUAUCAUGCUAGGUAAGGUAGAGGGUUAGCAAAAAAGAAGACCCUUAUGAGAUGGAUUGGCACAGUGGCUGCAACAAUGAGCUCAUAGCAAUAAUUGUGAGGAUGACACAGGACUGGGCAGUGUUUUGAUUCUUUUGUACAUAGGGUUGUUAUGAGUCAGAACCAACUGGAUGGCACCUAACAAUAACAACAACAAGCUUAGAUUAAAGAUGUUCAGAUUUAAAUUUAAAAAUAUGUGCAUAAAUUUCAGAAUUCUUUUGGUAUAUUUGAGCAAAAUGGAGCCCUGGUGGUGCAGUGGUUAAGCACUCACCUGCUAACUGAAACACUGGUGGUUUGAACCCACUAGCUGCUCUGUGGAAGAAAGAUACGGCAGUCUGCUUCCGUAAAGAUUAUAGCCUUGGAAACUCUAUGGGGCAGUUCUACUCUGUCUUAUAGGGUCACUGUGAGUUGGAAUCCAUUCAAAGGCAACUGGCAUAUGAGAAAACUCCUUUAGGACUACUGCCUCAUCCCAGUCCUCAUUUAGAUCUCACUUAGAGCUGGUCCAUUUGGAUGUUACACAGGAGCUGUGCUGAGCUGAACAGUGAUGGAAACUCUACCAGCUAUAGGGACUCUGAACAGUGCUCAGAAGUACACUGGCCUGAGAUGCUGUUGCAUUUGAUCCUGUUUUGGGGGAAGCAAGGGGAGUGGUCAGCAGGUGAGAGGCAUAAAAUUGAGAGUGUUUGUUAACCCAAGAUAGAUGACUGCUUCUCACGUUGGAAUUGCUUAGGGUGUGUUAAAAAAAAAAAAAAAAAAGGACAAGCAAACAAAAAAACAAGUCUCAUGAGAAACAAUAUGCCUCUUCUAACCUUUGUGUGGGAGCCCUGGUGGCUCUGUGGCUAAGAGUUCAGGCUGCUAACCAAAAGGUUGACAGUUCGAAUCUACCAGCCACUCCUUGGAAGCCCAGUUGGGCUGUUCUUCUCGGUCCCAUAGGUCGGAAUCAACCCAGUGGCAAUGGGUUUGGUUUUUUUUAACCUUUGUGUGACAUGAAACUAAAACUGUGGUAGAGUUAGUUUGAUAUGCUAUUGUGCAGUAUAUAGUUAGAUGAUUGGACUUGCCUAUUUUAAAUAACACAAAUCACCAUAAAUAUACUUUUUUAUUCUAUUCCAGAAUUCAGACUAUCAAUUCAAAGUUGAGACUUCUUCUACUUUGUUUCAUAUUUAGGUUCAGUUUGUAUAGAGCCUUCAGCCAGUCAUUCAAACUUUUACUCUCUGUAGCUCGUGACUGAAAUAUAAUAAUUAUCUUUUACCAAGAGUUCCUGUGAGAAAGGCUGUCUAAAAUAUAUUCACAAAAACACUCUUGCAAAGUGUUAUUCUUUUUAUUAUUAGAGAUUUAGAGUCUUUAGCACUUAAGCAGUGUACAGCUGUAAAAACAACCAACCUGUCAGUCCUCAGUAAUGUUCUAAAACGAUUUGGCUACUAUAAUUUGCCCAUUUCACUUUUAAUUUUUUAUGUGUAAAAAAAGUGGAAUGUACUUUAUUAACUAGUGCCUUGGAAAAUUUUAAUAAUCAUCUCAGCUCAUUAGAGCAAUUUUGGAAGAAGGUUUUGCUUCUCAAAUUUUCGAUGUGAAGGCCCCUUUCUAGCCAACUUGGAUUAUAGAGUUAGAAUGUUAUCCUGGCAGCCACAGUCUGAUUCCAUGUUUCAUGGCAUCAAUUUACCAGAAUGUAAAUUGAGAAUCUCAGGAUACAUGUAUCCAGGAGUAGAUGGCUGUGUGGCAGUGGCUAUUCAUAUCUGUAUUCAUAUCUCCUUUUGGGUAUGAAAGUCAUCCCAAUAGAAUCAGAGCUCAGGGGUAAAAACUGAAAUGCAGGUACAAGUAAUUUUAUACUGCUUAUUCCCUAAGAAUUUCUUUUCCUACUACUGAAAAACUAUAAGAGAACUACAGUGCUUCAUUAGUAAAUGGAAAUGGAACAUCGUCUUGGUGUGGUGGGCAGAAUAAUGGCCCCCCAAAAUGUCCAUGUUGUAAUCCCUGAGAAUACAUUAGGUUAGGUUAGAUGGCAAAGGAGAACUAAGGUUGCGGAGUGAAUUAACGUUGCUAAUCAGUUGACUUUAAAAUAGUGAGAGUAUCCUAGAAUACCCGGGUGAAUCCAGUGUAAUCACCAGUGUCCUUAAAAGGGGGAGAAGGAGGCAGAAGAGGCAAGUCAGUUGGAGGAAGAUGUGACUAUGGAAGAAAGGCACAGAAAGAUGUAACACUGCUGACCUUGAAGAUGGAAGAACAGGGCCAUGAGCCAAGGAAUGUAGGCAGCUUCUUGAAGCUGGAAGGGCAAGGAAACAGAUUUUCCCCUAGAGCCUCCAGAAGGGAAUAGAACCCUACAGGGAGCUUGAUUUUAGCUCAGCGUAACCCAUUUUGGACUGUAAUAUAUAAAUUUGCAUUGUUUAGGCCUCUGGAGCUCUGGUGGCACAGUGGUUAAGAGCUCGGCUGCUAACCAAGAGGUCACAGUUCAAAUUCACCAGCUGUCCCUUGGAAACCCUAUGGGGCAGUUCUACUCUGUCCUAUAGGGUUGCUAUGAGUUGGAAUUGACUCGUUCGCAACGAGUUUGGUUUUUGGUUUAGGCCUCUUAAGUGUGUGGUAAUUUGUUACAGCAACCAUAGAAAACUAAUACAUUUGACUUUGACACCUCUGACUUAGAAAAAAAAAUGUUUUUAACUGUUACUGUGCUUAUGUGAAAUAAAUACAGUGAUUCAACUACAAAAAAAAUUUUUUUUUUUUUUCAACUACAGUAGUCAAUUAUGUAUGUUAAGUAACUGGCUAAUUUUAUCUUUAACCAAGUACAGGUUUUUACCCACUUCAUCCAUGAAACUUGUGGUAGAGACAUCCAUACAUGUAUCAGUGGGCAGUAUGAGCAUCUAUAAAGACAAAGUAACAUUGGUAAAAGUAGGUCUUUACUAUGAAUUAUUUCAAAAACUAUUGUUAUGCAACAUGGCAGGCCAGGGGAAGGAAUACUGUAAAUUGGAAAUAAGUUUUAAGGAAAGAAAAAUGAAAAAAUUUUUUAUUUACUUUAGAUGAAGGUUUACAGAACUAGUUUCUCGUUAAGUAGUACUUUUUAUUGCUGUAUGACAUUGGUUAACAACCCCAAGACAUGUCAACACUCUCUCUUCUCAACCUCGGGUUCCCUAUUACCAGCGUUCCUGUCGCCUCCUGCCUUCUACUUCUUGCCCCUGGGCAGGUGUGCUUCUUUAGUCUCGUUUUGUUUUAUGGACCUGUCCAGUCUUUGGCCAAAGGGUGAACCUCAGGAGUGGCUUCAUUACGGGACUGAAAGGGUGUCUGGGGGCCAUACUCUCAGGGUUUCUCCAGUCUCUGUCAGGCCAGCAAGUCUGGUCUUUCUUUUUGAGUUAGAAUUUUGUUCUGCAUUUUUCUCUAGCUCUGUCCAGGACCCUCUAUUGUGAUCCCUGUCAGAGAGGCCAGUAAGGAAAGAGAAUUUAAUCUAACUGAUAUUCAACCAUUUCCUUGGCCAAUAUGGCUGAUGAAUUAUUUCCAAUGAUGCAAACUCAUUCCAUUCACUUAUUUAUGAAAGGAUAGUUCUCUAAGUUACAGAAUAAUUGCCCACUAAGUUUUUUU